CCGACGUCACGACGCGAGCCCUUGCUGCCGAGGCGCGGAGACCCCGCAGCGAGCUGCCAACGCCCGGCGCUGAGGGAAGAAGAGAAGGAGGAAGGAAGGAAGGAAGGAAGGAAAGAAAGAAGGAAGGAAAGAGAUCGAUCCUUGACUUGGCCACCUUCACCAUGCAGACCAUUAAGUGUGUCGUUGUGGGCGAUGGCGCCGUCGGUAAAACGUGCCUCUUGAUUUCUUACACCACAAACAAAUUCCCAUCCGAAUAUGUACCAACAGUGUUUGAUAACUAUGCUGUAACUGUGAUGAUUGGUGGGGAGCCGUACACCUUGGGCCUCUUUGACACGGCAGGGCAGGAAGACUACGACCGGUUGCGGCCUCUCAGCUACCCCCAGACGGACGUCUUCCUGGUCUGCUUCUCCGUGGUCUCGCCCUCCUCCUUUGAGAAUGUGAAAGAAAAGUGGGUCCCCGAGAUCACCCACCAUUGCCCCAAGACGCCCUUCCUGCUGGUGGGGACGCAGAUCGACCUGCGGGACGACCCCUCGACCAUUGAGAAGCUGGCCAAGAACAAGCAGAAGCCCAUCACCCCCGAGACGGCCGAGAAGCUGGCCCGGGACCUCAAGGCCGUCAAGUACGUGGAAUGCUCCGCCCUCACGCAGAAAGGCCUCAAGAAUGUAUUUGACGAGGCGAUUCUGGCCGCCCUGGAGCCCCCGGAGCCGAAGAAGAGCCGCCGCUGCGUCCUGCUAUGAGCGCCCCGUAUCCGCGGUCCCUUCUGCAAAGCUGGUGUCGAUGUCAGUCAUGCUAAGAAAAGAGAGCAAUGUCGAAAUCAAACUAAAGAUUCCGAGUUUCCAAUUUGUUUAUUUUUUGUUUAUUUUUUUGCAAUAAUAAUUAUAAUAAUAACGACAAAACGCCGUGCACCCUCUUGCCAUACGCUCCUUUUGUGCAAGAUGCAGAUGUUAGCGCUCUUCUCCAUUCGGAAUAAUAUUGUAUUUCAACCGACACUGAUCCGUACUAGGUUUUUUUCGUUUACUGUUAAAUUUUUUGUUUUCUCGUUUUUUAAAAAAAAAUCCAGGCAUGCUUUGUGGUGAUUUAUUUCUCUCUAUAACAGACUAAUUUUUAGGCCUUGACCCAUCAUUGCUAUUUUGGAUUCUUUGGGCUUCUGGGGUCCGGAUUUUUUGAGCCGGUUUUAGUCCUCGGAGCGGAUUCCGGCAUCGAAAAAGUCUCCCAAAGCGGUGCUUCUUUGAAGAGGGAUGCCUCCCAUCCUUCUCGUCUGCAUCUCCUCUGAAGUUGCCUUGGAUCUGCUUCCCUUUCUUUCCCUCCAGAACGCCCUUUUUUUGGCCCUUUUGAGAUCUAAACCGGCCCCUCUCGUCAAGCCUUUUGUGCGAGACACGCAAUUUUGCCUCCUACGCGAAUCAAAACUGAUCGAUCCGGAACUUCGACGUUAUGAAGACAGGACGGUUCAGGGUUGCUCUCUCUGAAGAGAAAGGGGAAUAAUACGUGCCUCUGAAGGAGCAAACAAAAAGCACGGAAGGGAUGAGAUCUAAACCAGAGCUUUCGUCAAGUUUUCGUGCGAGACACGCAACGUUGCCUCCUACGCGAAUCAAAUCGUAGCCUUUUUCGGUCUCCGGGUUUUCCAAAAAUAUCCCAACCUUAGGAGUGAAACCACUCUCUCUGCGACAGAGUUGAAAACCAAUCGAUUGAUCAAUCUCCAAUAGAGUUGAAAACCCAUCGAUCGAUCCGCAAUAGAGGUGAUAGAGUUGAAAACCCAUCGAUCCUCUUGUACCGGAGCUUCGACGUUACAAAGACAGAAUGGUUCAGGGUUGUUCUCUCUCUGAAACAGAGUUGAAAACCGAUCGAUUGAUCUGCAAUAGAGGAAAUAGAGUUGAAGAUGGAUCGAUCCGCGAUAGAGUUGAAAACUGAUCUAUCCGCUCAUUCCGGAACUUCCACGUCACAAAGACAGAACAGUUCAGGGUUGUUCUCUCUCUGCAACAGAAUUGAAAACAGAUCAAUUGAUCUCCAAUAGAGUUGAAAACCAAUCGAUCGAUCCGCAGUAGAGGCGAUAGAGUUGAAAACCAAUUGAUCGAUCCGCAACAGAGGCAAUAGAGUUGAAAACCGAUUGAUCGAUCCGCGAUAGAGUUGAAAACCGAUCAAUCCGCUUGUUCCGGAACUUCGACGUUACGCAGACAGAACGGUUCCGGGUUGUUCUCUCUGAAGAGUCGUCCCCGACUCUCCUCUUCAUAGGGAUCUUAACAGGAUGAUAGGCUUAAUAUUUUCUCCCAAUCUUCCCUGACUCUCUCUCUCACUCUCGUAGAUUCGUUAGUAUCAAACUGAUGCUUCUCCCCGACCCCGUAUGUCUUAAGUUCUUUGUAUAUGCAUUUUUUUCUCAAAUGUAUUAAACAUAAAGUAUCUUCACAGA